UGAAUCAUCAACACAAUACAAAACAAGGAUGAUGUGAAUAUAAGAGUAAAAUUUAUCUUUCGAAUUUUCAUUUAAUUUUACGUUUGUCAACUAUGAUUUUCAUUUUCACUGCUUUCAUUAUUGCCUCCACCAUCACUCUAACUGAAAAUACUAGAGUUUCGAUGAAAGUCAUUGGUCUGCCUAUAAAUCAAAUUGAAAAUGUUCCUAUUGGAGAUGACAUCAAGUGGCCUAAUAACUCGAACGAAAUUAACAAUGAAUGGUCGAGUACUGUCAUGCCUGCAAAUUACUCCGGCCCUCCUCAUUUAAAACAGUUGAUGGGACACUGUUUUUCUCUUACGGACCAAAAGUACAAAUAUAAUUUCUGUCCCUUUCAAAAUUUCACACAAGAGGAAGUAACACCUGCUGUCUCAAUUAAAAAAUACAAAGGAGUAUUGGGGGUCUGGGGUGAAUGGGAAUUAGCAGGCUACGAUAAUAAAUUGACGGCUAUGAAAUAUGUACAAGGAGACAAGUGUGAUGACAAAUUGAAUCGAUCAUCUACUGUUGUACUGCAGUGUAAAAAUGAUACUUUUGGCGAGUUGAGCGAAAUCAAAGAACCAAGUCGGUGCCAAUAUGAAGCUAAAUUCUCGACCCAACUUGUGUGCCACAAUCAUUCUUUAUUGAUUUACCCUUGGCUAACUGGAGCCGCCAAAAGGGAGUGGGACGAGAUUUACACUAGCUACAUCAACGAGCACAUCCCCGCGACGGAUCUAAAAUUGAGCUUAAAAUAUUUGUUCAUUAAAUCGGGACUGCUGCUGAAGCCGAAAACCCAACUGCGACAGGCGCCGGUCACAGUCAAGCCGAAGAGCUCCCUAAACCUCUGUGAUAUUAAAAUGAUUCAGCUGAGAACAGAGGUGCGGAGCCUCCGAGAGGUAAACACCUGGCUGACGGCUGAAAUGAAGAAACUGAUGCAAGAUGAUGAUUGGAAAUAAAAUUAAUAAUUUUAUUUUUUAGU